AUGGAAUCACUGAUUAUGAGAGAGUUAAGUUUCUCUGAAGCUUCAAGCAUUUCAGCACCCGAUUGUCCUCCACUGCAAAACUCAAAAGAGAAUGAGCAAGAACUUGUAGAAGAAGAAAGAGAUCAACUAGAAGAAGAAGAAGAAGAAGAAGCUAAGCGAACUCUCCAAUCAGAUCUAGAGCUAACUACAAGUGAUUCAAAUCAGUGGUUCAAUCGAGAGCUCAACCUUAUAGGCAGCUUCUGCAGCAUGGAUUCAUCUAAGGCUUCACCGGAAAGUACUCCUCAAGGUACUGACGGAGAGCAAAGGGUUUUCUCAUGCAACUAUUGUCAAAGAAAAUUCUAUAGUUCACAAGCACUUGGAGGACACCAAAAUGCCCAUAAAAGAGAGAGGACUUUAGCUAAAAGAGGGCAGAGAUUGAUAGGGAGUCAAUUGGCAGCUUCAAUUGCAGCUUAUGGACAUCCUUAUUUCCACCACCACAAUCAUUCAAGCGUGGCUUCUCUUCCUCUCCAUGGUAGAUCUCUUGGAAUUCAAGUACACUCAAUGAUCCAUAAGCCUUCUCACCAAUCAUCUUCUAUUGGGUUUGGAAACAUGUAUGGACAUGGCAGCUGGUCUAGGCCCCCUAUUGAUCAACAACCAGGUAUAGGAAAGUUAUCAAUGGAGAAUUAUUAUAUGAAUGCAUCAGCAUCAUCGCGUGUUGGUGUUAGUAGGUUCAACUUAGAGAGGACUAGUACUGUAGAUUCUCCAGCAGACCCUGGAAUAGGUAGGUGGAUAGGCAGUGGUCAUUUGAAGACUAAUCAAGAUGAUCAUAUUCAGAAGCUCGACUUGUCCCUCAAGCUCUAA